UUCUUUUUCCAGAGCCAUGGCGUUACCAAAAGCAUUCCAAAAUCCAAAAGACUUCUUCGACGAGUGCAUCGCUUUCUUAAAAGAAUAUCAAUAUUUAUACAAAUUCCCAAACACCGACAUUCUCGUACAAAACGUUUUGGAAAAAAUAGAAGUAGACAACUUAGAAAACGUGGACGUUUUUGACAAAAACUUCAAACUACCCGCAUUUGACAUUCUUGAAGAUUUAUUUUCUAAAUUGGAACGAUUGAAAGCAAUUCAUAAUGUUUUCGAAGAGAUAAAUGGUUUGGAGAAUUCCGUUCAAGUGCCAGUAAGUCCGAAGAAGAGACAUGAAAUAGUGUAUUUGGCGAAAGAGGUGAAAGGUGUUUGCGAAGAAAAUGAAUGCGAUGUGGUUGUGGAUUUUGGUUCUGGAUUGGGCUAUUUAGACCAGAUAAUCUUCGAAACAUCACACCUUAAAGUAUUAGGACUUGAAUGCAACUCCUCACACUACGUCGGAGCAAAGAAAAGGCAAAGCAAAUACCACGCCAACUCCACAGAAAACGUAAAAUACAUAAAACAUACCAUAAACGAUAAUUCCGAUUCGCAAAUAGGAGAGUAUUUGAAGGAUAAGUUUUUAAAUUUCAACGGUUUUUGCAUAGCCGGACUCCAUGCUUGUGACGAUUUAACAGUUGUGGCCUUGGAUUUGUUUUUAAAAAUGGAAAAGGCGAAGGCGAUGGUCAUAAUGCCAUGUUGCUAUCAUAAAAUGGAACAGGAAGAGGGAAUAUUUAAGAAUUUCCCGUUAAGUAAUUGUCUUAAGGAGGUUUUUGAGAAGGAGAAUGGAUUUCAGUUUAUGGGAGUGCCAUUUUUGAGACUGGGAGCGCAGCCACCCUGCUUAGUUGAGGAUAAUUUAGAAGAUUCAGUGUUUAAUUUGCUGGCAAGAGGAGUGUUACAAUUAUAUGCAAACAAACAUAAUUGCAAAUUAAAAAGAAACAAAAGAAAAGCUGUUAAAACGAAAUCCAUGGACAGAAACUUCGAGACUUACAUACAAGAUGCCUGCACUGGAUUCAGUUUGUCACACAAUAGUGAACCUAGUUUCCUUAAAGAUAAAGUCGAUUCUCCGGAAGCAGGAAACUUAAGUAUAGAUUUAGACGAAAUAAGAUCCAUUUGGCGGGAAAAUUCAAGCUCUAUGGUCCAAAAGAAGGCCGCCAUUUUUAUUUUACUCCAAAAUUGUUUGCAGCCAGUGAUUGAGAACUUUAUUUUGUAUGAUAGAAUAGUUUAUUUAAAGGAAAAGGGGCUGAAAAAUUGUCAGUUUAAAAGAAUUGUAAAUGAAAGAAUAUCCCCAAGGUGUUUAGCUUUAUUGGCUUAUAAAUAAAAAUAACAUUUGUAUAAAAUAUAAUGAUUUUUUGUA